AUGGAUGAACAAGGAGGAGCACCACAAUCACCUUUACCCCUCCCCGAAUUUGAUGAUGCUACGAUUGGAAAUUGGGCUAGUCAUUUACCUGAUGUGGCUGGAGUGGUGGAAGUCAUAGAGCGACGGAAGACCUUCCAGGAAUUCCGUGGCCAGACCACGUUGAAUUGGAGGAACAUCAACUUCAGGGAGUAG